GUAUCAUCCAAAAGAAGAAAGCGGUAGGAAAGCGCUCCUGCUGAGCCGAAUUCAAAAUUUUCAUUUCCUUUUGGACUCGGGGGUGACCUCCAGGUGUAAGACUAUAUUAGCAAAGUGCCCAGCCAGAGCUGCUGCUGCCUCGAAACUUUGGACGGACAAUAAGUAGCAAAGCUUCUCAGCCAUUCUGAAAGCAAAUAGUCAGCAACCGUGGCAUCCGCAGAUCUCAUGGAGUACGAGGACAACUUCACGGAAUACUUUGGGAAUUACGAAGAGGAUGAGCCCCCCGUGUCCCAUCUCACUCACGCCCAGGUGGCCUCGCUUGUGUUCCACGGCGUGGCUUUUCUCCUGGGAGUGCCUGGCAAUGCGAUAGUCAUCUGGAUUAUGGGCUUCAAAUGGGACAAGACCGUCACUUCCCUCUGGUUCCUCAACCUGGCUAUUGCGGACUUCAUCUUCGUCCUUUUCCUCCCUCUCUACAUUACCUACGUGGCCACGGGCUUCCACUGGCCCUUUGGGAAGUGGCUGUGCAAAGCCAACUCCUUCAUUGCUCUGUUCAACAUGUUUGCCAGCGUCUUCUUCCUGACGGCCAUCAGCCUUGACCGUUACGUCCACCUGAUCCACCCUGUCUUCUCCUACAGGCACCGGACUCUCAAGAACACCUCCUUUAUGAUUGCUUUCAUUUGGAUUUUGGCCACGCUCAUUGGAAGCCCGGCGCUGUACUUUAGAGAUACCCUUACACUACACGACAACGUCACCAUUUGCUACAACAACUUCCAUCCCACGGACGUUGAUCUUAUUAUCCUCAGACACCACGUUCUGACCUGGGUAAGGUUCAUUUGCGGAUACCUCUUUCCUCUGCUAACCAUGGUUGUUUGUUACUCCCUUCUGAUAUGCCAGGUGAAGAAAAGUGCUAUUUUGACCUCCAGCAGGCUCUUCUGGACUGUUCUGGCUGUGGUGGUGGUCUUUUUCGUUUGCUGGACCCCUUACCAGAUAUUCAGCAUCCUGGAGCUAUCUGCUCACCACGAUAACUACUGGCACAACUUGCUCCGCGACGCCAUCCCUCUUUCCGUCAGCUUUGCUUUCAUCAAUAGCUGCCUUAACCCCAUUCUCUACGUCCUCCUCAGCAAGAAGCUCCAGUCCUGUUUCAGCGUGACGUUUUCAGAACUGGUGAAACACACCCUCUGGGAAGUCAGCCGGUCGGGGACAGUCAGCGAACAAGUCUGGAAUUCUUUGAGUCUACAGCAGGGCGAAGCGUCUGAGCUCGAGACUUCUCUGGGUGAAAUAUCUCCCUGACGGGCACUCACUCUGCAAUAUGCCCACCUUAUUAAGAUCUAGACACCAGGGGUGUUUGUAACCCAACAGUCGCUACACAAGGGUAUCCAAGUUGGUGCUUCCCAGGUGGAACUCCCUUUGCUUUGACCCCAUUCAGCUGCCACGAGCUGCAUAUAUUUUUCUGGUAAAACUUAUUUAGUAAAAGGGCACAUGUUUAGCAAAGCCAGGGUAGCCGCUGUGAUGUCAUCCACAUGUUGCGUACGGCCACUCCCAUCACCCUUGACCAUUGGCCAUGAUGGCAAUGACAGAAGUUGGAAGUCUGAAUGAGGUCAAAACAACAGAAGUUCAUAAGCAACUUCAAUUGUUCGUAGGGUUGCCAAACGUUUAGG